AUGAGGACAACAGAAAGCGGACUCACGUUAUGGCUCAUCUAUUUGACGCUGCUCGGCUUCUGUCUCUCUGAUGAAGAUUAUCACAUCGAUAACGUGUGCACAACUUGGGGAGACUAUCGCUGGAAGACCUUUGAUGGAGCAUUCUUCAGGCUGCCAUCCAACUGUAACCAUGUCCUGGCCUCACAGUGUAAAGAAUCCUAUGAGACUUUCAACAUUCAAAUGAAACGCGAAACAGUCAACGGUUUCCCCGUCAUCAGCAGCAUAGACAUGAAGCUGGAUGGUGUUAUUGUGAAGCUGUAUAACAGCUCUGUGGCGGUCGAUGGCAAAAUGGUUCCUCUGCCGUUUUCCAAAUUCGGCGUUUCUGUCAGAAGAGUCCAAUCAAGUAUCUUUGUUAACCUAAAGAAGGAGAUCAAAGUGAUCUGGAACCUGGGGGACUCCGUGGAUAUCAACAUGGAUGACAAGUACAUGAACCAGACAUGUGGACUCUGUGGAAACUUUGAUGGCGAAGACAAUGAUCUCAUGGAAGAUGGGGCUGAAGUAUCUGUGACAGACUAUGCCGAGGCCUUCAAAGAAGGGAACUGUGAGGAGCCUGAGGAGACCAUCGUCCAUAAAUGUGGGGAUACGGCUCUGCUGCACCCUGACACCACAGCCUGGAUCUUUAACGACCUCACGGGCCGGCCGCAGUACGUCAGAGUGGACGGCUGUGUCUCUGAGGUGGUGACGGGCAACACUGGGUCAGACUUCAGGUAUAACUCUGAUUCCUGCUGCCUCCAAAAGUUUUCCGACGACUCCUCCAUCUUAGGGUGCAUCACUGAUGACGAGAAGGAGGAGUACAGAGGACUGUUAGAGAGCUUCAUCACAUGGUGCAACAGCAACCACCUGAAGCUCAACAUCAGCAAAACAAAGGAGUCGGUAGUGGACUACCGGAAGGAAGAAGCCCCCUGCCCUUGUCAUCAUGCAGGGAAGGGACAGAGCAGGAUGUUCUUCCUGAGGAGACUCAGAUCGUUCAGUGUCUGCAGCAGACUCCUGAAGACUUUCUACCAGUCUGUGGUGGCCAGCACACUCUUCUUUGCUGUGGUGUGCUGGUGGGGCGGCAUCAAGACUGGUGAAGCAAGCAGGCUGAACAAGCUGGUGAAGAAGGCACGCUCUGUGGUGGGACUGGAACAAGACAGCUUGGAGGCUGUGGCUGAGAGGAGAAUGAAAGACAGAAUCAUUGCCAUCUUGGAUAACUCCCCUCACCCUCUCCAUGACGAGCUGUGGCAGAUGAGCAGUUCCUUUAGCCAACGCCUCAUCCCCCCAGAAUUCAAAAGCUGCGAAAAGCUUUUGGAUACUCAAGCCUUCAUUGAAAUCUGUGCGGCUGAUAUGUGCUACUCUGACAACAACACGGACCCAAUGCUCUGCAAAACAAUCUCAGAGUACUCCAGACAGUGUGUCCAUGCAGGCGGCGAGCCCAAACAAUGGAGGACUGAGUCCUUUUGCCAUGUGUCGUGUCCAUACAACAUGGAGUUUAAGGAAUGUGGCAGUUCAUGUCCUGACACCUGCUCCACACCUCAGGCCAGCAGUUUAUGUGAAAACCAUUGCCAUGAUGGAUGCGGCUGCCCUAAAGGAACAAUCUUUGAUGACAUCGGGAACAGUGGCUGUGUUGCAGUGGAUCAGUGUCCAUGUGUGCACAAUAACCAGGUCUACAUGUCGGGAGAGUCCUACUUCCACAGCUGCAGAUCCUGCAUGUGUAAGUACGGUCGUUGGAAGUGCACUGAGGAUCAGUGUCCAGGAACCUGCUCUGUGAUUGGAGGAUCUCACAUCAACACCUUUGAUGGAAAACCCUACACGUUCCACGGCGACUGCUCCUACACUCUUGUCAAGGAAGACAGGUUCAUUGUGAUCGUGGACGUGGAACAGUGUGGCUCGUCGAGCACGGACCUCAUAGUAUCUAAGCCGUCAUCCUUCUAUAUCUUCGUCAAGACCAAGGUCGGCAUCGAGAUUGCGGUCCAGCUGACCCCAAGGAUGCAAGUCUUUCUCAAGGCAGAUUAUUCACUUCAAGGAUCCCUUUCUGGUUUGUGUGGGAACUUCAACAACAAAGAGAAAGAUGACUUCGGUGUGCAAUCUGGUCUGGUAGAGAGCACCGCCGUAGGAUUCGUCAAUCAGUGGAAACAGACAGCCUUCUGUCGCGAUAUAACUCAGCACCUUGGGAAUCCCUGUGACAUUGGCAUCAACAAGGGAACUUUUGCAAUGUUCUGGUGCUCCAAACUAUUGGAUCCCAAAGGAGUGUUUGCACCAUGCCACCACAUCGUUGACCCUUCCAAAUACAACAAAAUGUGCAUGUAUGACAGCUGUAACUGUGAAGACAGUGAGGCCUGCAUGUGUUCUGUUUUCUCUGCGUACGUGGUUGCCUGCUCUGUAGAAGAAAUCCAACUCAGUGGCUGGCGGGAAGAGGCCUGCGGUCAAUACAGCAUAUGUCCGGCAACAACAACCUACCUUUACAACAUGACAAGCUGCCAACGCACCUGCCAGUCCCUCAGUCAACCUGACUACUCCUGCCAGGCCAGCUUCACCACAGUGGACGGCUGCGGCUGUGCUGAGGGGUUCUACAUGAACGAAAAGGGAGAAUGUGUGCUCAAGAAAGACUGUUCCUGCUUUUAUAAAGACGACGUUUAUCCUGCUGGAACAACUGUGACCAAGAAUGGCAUCAAAUGUUUCUGCAGAAAUGGAGCUCUCAGCUGCCAAGGAGAACAAAGCUCACAAACAUGCAUUCCCCCCAUGGUUUACUUUGACUGUGUCAAUGCUGAACCUGGGGCUAGCGGGACUGAGUGUGAGCAGAGCUGCAACAAUCUGGACAACCCUUGUGUGAAAACAGGCUGUUCAUCAGGCUGCAUGUGUCCUAAAGGCCUGGUGUCAGACGGAGUAGGGGGCUGUGUCAAUGAGAAUAAUUGUCCAUGUAUGCACAAUGGACAAACCUACCAUGUUGGACAAACACUGACUGAGGACUGCAACAUCUGUACCUGCAAAAAAGGGAAGUUCAACUGUACAACUAAAGUGUGUGAUGCUGUUUGUGGAAUGUAUGGCAACGGGCACUUCAGCACAUUUGAUGAUAAGAAGUUUGACUUCAAUGGACAGUGUGAAUACACUCUCCUACAGGACUCCUGCAGCGGGGAUCAGCAAAAAGGAAGUUUCCAGAUCAUCAUUGAGAGUGUUGAAUGCGGUAGCUUGGGAACCUCCUGCUCCAAGAUCAUCAGAAUCUACCUGGGGGAAAAUGAAUUCCAUCUUAAAGACGGGAACUUCCAUGUGAUUAAGGGAAGCAGCAACGUGUUUCCUGUCCAGGUACAAAAGAGGGGUCUUUACAUAGUGGUGACCUUGGAGUUAGGACUUGUGCUCAUGUGGGACCAGCGGAUCAGUCUUUUCAUUAAAAUCGGACCAACGUUCCAGCGUCGUAUCUGUGGUCUAUGUGGAAACUAUGACGGCGACAGUCAAAACGACGUAAUCACCCCCUCUGGGGACCUGGUGGCAGAGGUGGUUGAAUUUGGUAACAGUUGGAAGGCUUCAUCGAGUUGCCCAAAUGCCCAAGUGAUCCCUGAUCCCUGUUCCUCUAACAUGUACCGGGCAUCCUGGGCCAAGAAACAAUGUAGCAUCAUCUACAGUGUCACCUUUGAGAAAUGCCAUUCACAGGUUGAUCCCAGUCCUUACAGUGACUCUUGUGUAAGCGACUCUUGUGCUUGUGACACCGGUGGGGACUGUGAGUGUUUCUGCACUGCUGUGGCUGCCUAUGCCAAAGCCUGUAAUGAAGCCGGGGUCUGUGUGAGUUGGAGAACUCCCAAAAUAUGCCCCCUAUUCUGUGACUACUACAAUGCUCCUGAUGGCUGUGAGUGGCAUUACAAGCCUUGUGGAGCUCCCUGCAUGAAGACAUGUAGGAACCCAUCAGGAAUCUGUACCAACCUCACCAAUUCCUUGGAAGGCUGCUAUCCACAGUGUCCCCAUACCCAUCCAUACUUUGAUGAAGAUUCCAUGAAAUGCGUUGCAUGGAGCCAAUGUGGUUGCUUUGAUGACAUGGGCAACCAUUACAACGUCGGAGAUGAAGCUCCAGGAAGAAACUGCUAUACUUGUAACUACAGCAACAUCAGCUUCAACUUUCAGUUCAACAACACCAACUGUGUCGGGUAG